CAAACAAAAGUAAUAAGUUUGCUGUUUGUAAAUUCUGCAUUGACGGCUCUACAUAUGAUGAUGCUCUUAAAAAUCGAAUAACUAAUACCCAACGAGAAUGCAGGCGCCACCUUGACUCUUGUAAAUAUUUUAUAGAAAAGUAUCCUAGUGAAGCAGAGCGUAAUAAUAUUUUAAACCCAAUAUUAGAGAAUAAUUUACAAGAAAAAAUUUCUUCAACUAAUUCUAGUAGAGGUAGUUCAGGUAAACGAGUUCGAUUAGGCCUAAAUAAUGACUUGUCAUUAGAUAAUUAUUUUGCAAAGCCACUUUCAGAUAAGCAAAAAGAAAAAUUAGAACAACAAAUUUUAAGAGCAACUAUUUCAUGUGGUAUUGCUUUUACUUGGGUUGAUGAUCCCGAAAUGAAAAAACUAUUUCAUUAUAUAAAUCCUGCUAUUGAGUUACCAAAACGUCGUACACUUUCAGGUCGAAUUUUAACCUAUGCUGCUAACAACAUUAUAGAACUACAAAAAAAAGACAUGCAAAUAGAUAAACUUGGUGCUAUGUUAACUUAUGACGGUUGGAAAAAUAUUAAAAAAGAAAGUUUAUUAGGAAUAGCAUUAAUUAAUUCAAAAGGUAAAAUAUCUAUUUGGGGUGUAGAAGAUCUUUUAGGAAAACGAAUUAGAUGGCCUGAGAUUGUAGAAAUUACUAAUGAUCUUUUUAGCAAAUUUGAGGAUAAUGAUAUAAAAGUUAAUUGUCUUGUAACUGAUUCUGCUCCUGAAUUUAUGGCAGCACGAUCACAAGGCUUAGAUACUAGUUUAAUUAAUUUUCCUGAAGAUAUUCUUACAAAUCUUCUUGAUAACUCUUGGUGGUCUGAUUUACAACAACUUGAAUUGCUUCUUUUACUCUAUUGUGCAGCAUUAAACAAAUUGCAAUGUGAUCAUGCUAGACUUCAUGAUGUCUUACACAAACGUCGAUGGAAUAUAUGGGAACAACCACUAUUACUAUUAAGCUUCUUACUUCAUCCUAAAUAUCGUGACAAUAUGUUUAAUAAGCAAAUUCGUAAUCUGUCUUUUCCUCAUUUUGAGAGAUUAUAUCCAUUUCGAGAUGAAGAUUAUCAACAGUUUGGAAAAAAUGAUGAUAUUCUUUCUUUUUGGAAUUUUGUUAGUGGAUUUACUGAAGAGUUACAUCUUAUUGCACAACGUAUUUUUUCAAUUUGUAUUAGCUCAGCAUCUAUCGAACGUUUAUUUUCUACAAUGGGCUGGUUACAUAACUUUCGAAGAAACCAAUUAAAGCCUGAAAAGGUAGUAGCAAUGUGUCAAAUACGUAGUGAUCUAAUAUAUUCACGCCGAAUAGAAGAAAUUAAUGAAUCUAAAAAAAAGUUUAUCCAAACACGAGUUGCAACUCAUGCAACACUAUCUAAGAAUAAGGAUGAUGAGAUAUCUCAAGUAUCAGAAGAUGAGAAUACGGAAUUAGAUGAUAUUGAACAAUUUGAAAAAAAUGGCAAAAUUAACUCAGUUAAUGAAUGGCAAGAAACUGUAAAUAAUUGGGAUUCUCUUGUAAUAGAGGAUGAAGAAGCGACAGUAGAAUUAGAUUAUUCAGAUGAAGAAUUGAUUGAACAUAGUUUUGAAGAUGAACAUCCUGCU